UUUGGAAAUGCCGACGCACCCAUACCAUCAUCCAUUCAUCCUUACGUGAAACUGCCGAAAAAGAAGCUAUGAACGCCAUUAUGACUUAUGAGAAUUGUGCAACAUAAAUGUAUAAGUGGAGCCGUGGAGGAAACGAAACAAGCAACUACUCUAUGGUAUUAUCGUCCGGUUACCAUCGAAGAAACAGAGAUUCGCUGAGACAGAACCGCCAUGGCGGCAUUACCAUACGCUGACGUCGACUUUACCCUUCGAUCUAUGGCCGGUCGAGCCGAAGGCUUUGGAAGGUCCUCCAUAGGCGGCCUCAACGGUCAGCUUUAUCGUGUUACGACAUUAGCCGAUGAUGGUCCAGGAUCACUUCGUGAUGGAUGCCGUAAGACAGAGCCACUUUGGAUCGUCUUCGAAGUUUCAGGUGUCAUUGAUCUCUUAUCGUACCUGAGUGUGUCAUCUUAUAAGACCAUUGAUGGGCGUGGACAAAGGGUGAAGCUCACUGGGAAAGGCUUACGCCUAAAAGCCUGUGAACAUGUCAUUGUAUGCAACUUGGAGUUUCAAGGCGGCAGGGGUCAUGAUGUGGAUGGCAUUCAAAUAAAACCAAAUUCAAAGCACAUAUGGAUUGAUCGCUGUUCACUUCGUGAUUAUGAUGAUGGCCUAAUAGACAUAACAAGGCAAAGCACCGACAUAACUGUGUCUAGAUGUUAUUUUGCAGAUCACAAUAAAACAAUGCUUAUCGGAGCAGACCCCUCUCACGUCAAUGAUAGAUGCAUAAGAGUUACCAUCCACCACUGUUUUUUUGAUGGCACAAAACAAAGGCAACCUCGUGUUAGGUUUGGUAAAGUACACCUUUACAACAACUACACAAGAAAUUGGGGUUUAUACGCUGUAUGUGCCAGUGUAGAAUCACUGGUUUAUUCUCAAUGUAAUAUUUAUGAAGCUGGAGAGAAGAAAAAGGCUUUUGAAUACUACACAGAGAAGGCAGCAGACAAAGAGGUGGCAGAAUCAGGCAUAAUCAUAUCAGAUGGUGAUUUAUUUCUGAAUGGUGCCCAAGGAUCAUUAUUAUCUGGAGCAGGUCACCAAUGUUUCCAUCCAAGUGAAUUUUACCCUAACUGGACAUUGGAAAUGCCCUCAGAUUCCCUUAAAACUGUUCUCCAAGUUUGCACAGGCUGGCAAUCUCUUCCUCGUCCUGCAGAUGAUGUGCCCUUGCUUCAAACAAAAACAUCUCUGUUCCCCCCUCUAUAACCCCAUAUAAUUGGUUCUUAGUUGAAAGUAAUACUUCCUCUACCCCAAAAAACCAUGUCUGUAGUAUUCAUAUCAGUAUAACAAACAAUACUCUUUUUUAUUUGAAAGUCAAACAAGACUCUUUUUAGAAAACAUACGCAGUAUACAGCAAUAGUUUGUACACAUAUUUAUAUAAUAUAAAGUAACAGUCGCUGCACCACAAUUGGAG